UUGCUUGAACCCUUAAAAUGUAGUCUAUUCCCUGACCUUGGCUUUAUUGAGCGUUACGAAGGCGCUAGCCUUCGUUGAGCGGCGUAGUAGUGGGAUUAUGCUCGGGGAUAGAGAGAGAUAGCUCCAUCAAUGGCUGUUGGUUCAUUGUGACAAUAAUGCAAGCGAACAGGAUUAAGAUGGAGUAUUUAUGAAAUGACCUCGCGUCUUUAAUUGUGUAUUUAUCCAGUCCUCCAUUCUGCCUACCUGUAAAAUAUGAGCUGAGCUGCGCCCCAUUCUCCAUUGUUUUUCAUGCCCACCCCUUUCUUCCUCUUUUGAAUAUCAUUUUAUAGUGAUAUUCAUGUAUGCACGCGAGGAAUCUGCACUGGCUUAUGAAGGAUCAUUGCACUGACGCAUUAAAGCCGAUCAAUACAGUGAUUUGUUUAAUCUACAUCAGUAAGCCGUGAAGUAGUCAGAUGCACAUACUGAGGGAAAAUUGAUCGUGCACUUUCAUUAGAAAAACAAAAAAACUAAAUAGACCAGCUGCUGGUUUAAGAGGGGUUUUGGUCACUUUUUAAAUAGUCAGGCAGGCAGAGGUCAACCUGGGAAGUUCUGUUUGUAGUAAAUUGUUGUAAUAAAUUUUGUGUGGGUCCUUACUGUCCUCAAUCAUGUCUUUAAAUUGAGGUACUAAAGAGAUCAUUGGGGCAGAUGAUUAGAUAAAAAGAUUGGGUGACAUGUAGCGUACAAUAGUAAAGUCAAGGAAAGCAGAGUGACCCACUAAAGUGAGUUGGGCAAUUCAAGUGCUGUGGAGAUCAUUCAUGUCUUUGAGAUUGUUAGGGCUGAAACUUAUGAUAUGGUUACACAAGCCACUCACAGACAAAUUAAAUCAUUAAAAUGGAGUGUAUUUUCCUCCUGCAACUUUCAAGAUGUAAUUUCUCAGCACUGUCAUGUGGUUCCAGGAAAAUAGGGACCUGUGGUUUUCGUUUAGGCUUCAUUAGAAAGAGUUUUCGUGGAACUGAUGUGAAGUAGAUGACACGUCUGCAAGUAGAAACUUGUGCUCUGCACAGCCACCAGUAGAAUUGAGCGUCUCUCAGUAUGAUGAACCAAAGCAUCAGUGCUUAUGUAGCAGGCUAAAUCCCUCUUUAAUUUCACCUUUCUCAUUUCCUAUACACAUUUAGAUUCUCUGCAGAUGGAAUAGGGCAUUAAAAGCUUUAGAUGCGCAUGAAUUGCUUUGCUAGUUGAAAUUUGAACAGCACUGGUGAUUAAACCAACUUUUGUUAAUCAUUCUGCAGCCUGCUGACAAUUUCUCUCCCAAUCGCUGCACUCCUCACAUUGUAUGUGUGGCAACAACAUGUCUGUACCUCUGCUCGCCGAAGCUGUGACUUUGUCUGGGACAGAGAAGGAGACAGCUGUGGUGAUCUUCCUUCAUGGCUUGGGUGACACAGGACACGGUUGGGCCGAUACAAUGACGUCUAUUCGGCUGCCGUACAUCAAAUACAUCUGCCCACACGCACCCAGAAUCCCUGUAACACUCAACAUGAAGAUGACCAUGCCCUCAUGGUUUGACCUUAUGGGUUUAAGCCCGGAAUCACCAGAGGAUGAAGCCGGGAUUAAGAGAGCAGCAGAAAACAUAAAGGCCAUCAUUGAUCAUGAAGUAAAGAACGGGAUACCAUCAAAUCGUAUUAUUCUUGGUGGUUUCUCUCAGGGUGGAGCACUUUCUCUCUACACUGCUCUGACCUGUCAACAGAAAUUAGCGGGUGUUGUUGGGCUUAGCUGUUGGCUUCCACUUCACAAGACCUUCCCACAGGCUGCAAGUGGGAGUGGAAAUAAGGACACUCCCAUCCUGCAGUGUCACGGAGAAAUGGAUCCCAUGAUCCCGGUGCAGUUUGGGGCUAUGACAGCAGAGAAGCUCAAGACCAUUGUUUCUCCCGUGAACAUCACCUUCUGCACCUAUCCAAGUCUCAUGCAUAGCUCCUGUCCUCAGGAGAUGUCUGCUGUGAAGGAUUUCAUUGAAAAGCAGUUACCCCGAAUCUGACCUCAUUCUAACUCACUGUGACCCUUAGACACUGACUUCUCACCUCCGACCUGCCAUUCUCCCACAGGAAACAGCCAUGAUCCACAAAAAUACAUUCAUGCACAUACACAUACACAAACACACUCAUGCAUGAACAUUCAGUUAGAUAUACUGUGAACAUGCAACACAUGCAUACAGUUUCAUCUCACACCUUUGUUUGUAAUUUCAUACAUCAAUGGACAUUUAUUAACAACUUAGAAGUGUUAGAAUUCUUAUACAUGACGCAUUGGUCAUUGAACAUCUUACAUACAGUAAUAUUCCACCAAACUCUUGGGGCACUUUUUUCUAGGGCACUUACUGACUUUUAUUAUACAUUCCCAUAAACAUUAAAGGGAUAGUUUACCCCCAAAAAAGACAAUUUUGUCAGCAUUUACACCCACACCUUGAUUGUUGCAAACUCACAUGAUAUUCUUUAUUCCAUGGAAUAUAAAAGGAGAUGUUAAGCAUAAUGUUAGCCUCAAUCACCAUUUAUUUUCAUUGUAUGGAGAGGAAAAAAAAAAAGAUGCAACAAAAGUGAAUGGUGACUAAGGAUGCAAAGGGACGGAAACUUUCCAGAAACUGUUCAUGGGAAAUUAAGCUGGGGAAUUUUGGAAAUAUUGGAAAAAACUUUGGGCACUUGGCUAUAUGCCGCUGCAUCUUUGUGGCAUUCUUAACAUAGGUCUUUGCACAGUAUUUGCAAAUGUACACAGCCUUUCCUUCUACACUGGGUGAGGUGAAAUGUAUCCACACAUCAGAUGGCGCACGUGGCACUGUUCUGUAGAAUAAGAUUAGAAAAAAAGCUUGUAAAAAAACUCUAAUGCAAUGCUAUGCACAGAUAUAUAAAUAGUUAGCUAAACAAUUGGAAUAUUCUGGAAUGGUACAAAUAUUUUACAACUGAUGCUAGACAAAUUAAUAGAAAUAGGCUAGAUGAAUAGAUGAACACCUCAAUCGGCAUGCUAAAUCAAACUAUAACCUACGUUCUUGUAUGAUAACAGAAAACUAUGAAAUUCAACUGAAUUUGAAUUAAAUCUGGUUGUUUUAACCAAGAUUAUGCUGCAAGAUGUUUUUUUUUUUAACAACAUUUAAGUUCCCCGUUAUAGGCUAACUUGCAAUUUUGCAAAUUUCCAGUUUAUUCCCGUUAAUUCCCAUAUAUUCCUGUUAAUUCCCAUGGAAAGUUUCCAACUUUGAAACUUCCUGGAAUUUUGCAACCCUAAUGGUGACUGAGACUAACAUUGUGCCUAACAUCUCCGUUUAUGUUUGAAACAACAAGAGGUUGAGUAAAUGAUGACAUAUUUUUGUUUUGUUUACUAUCCUUUUAAAUCCUCUCUCUCUUUCACUCUUUAUCUCUCAGUAAGCAAUGCAGUAUGGGUAACAUUUUAUUAGACAGCUCCUUUACGCAGAAUUCUGGAGAGUUCAGCUGCUGCGAGUCUGUGGUGGUGGAGGAAGUUAGUCAGAGCCUGGUGCCGUUUGGAGUGAUUUGCGUCACAAUGCUCUGCAUGCUAGUCCCACUGUGCAUGCCUGUGGUGAGGGUUCAUCGGGAUGCUGCAACUCCUACUUGUGCUGAAAUAUCUUUUUUUUUCUUUUUUUUUUAAAGCUAGAAUUAUGAGAAAAACGAGCAAAAACCGCUCAAAUAAACUAAGCACAUGAAUUAUUCAAAUCUUCCAGUAUGUUUUGUUCUUCUAAAACAAUUGAUGACUUAACAUCCAGAAUAAGAAUAUACUAAUUAUAUAUGGUAGGAUUUAUGUUUUCAUUUGUGCCAUAUUUAUGAAGUCUUUUGGCUUUGUGUGAAUUGUGUCUAGACUGGUUAUGGCUUUAUAACUAUUUUAGGAAAAGCAGCAUUAUAAGCUGGCUUUAGAUUUUAGAGUAUCUAAUUGUAAAAUAAUAAUCACUGCUUGACAUCACUUAUUUGCAAUAAUCAGUGUGCAUCACUCCAGACGGUGCUGGUAAUAAUCUGCCGUUGCUUUAAAUAGCCUCCUAAGUCCUCCCUAAUUCCCUUUCCACUUCAUAGCCACAUCAUCUUCCAUUCACGUAACCAAACACAGUUAAGUGUUCUGGGGUCUCAGAUUGAAAAUGUAUAUACAUUUCAGGUUCCAUAUUAUUGCAUAAAAGUAUUGUUUACUGACAUGACCUAUAAUAAAGGAUGGUAGGGUACAGUUAUACAGCAGUGCUAGCGGAAGAUGUGGUGGAUUGAGCCUGCUGAUAUUAAAGAAGCAAAAAAAGUAACCUUGAUUAGUUAUUAGAACUUAAAGAUGAGUUUGCAAACAUGGAUGCUAUAGUUGUUUCACAGUUUGCUUGUAUACAUUUGAAAAUGGAUUAAGAUGGUUUGUGUGAUGAUAUCUAAACAGUUGUUUGCGAAGUAGUGAAUGUUGCUUUUUUAAAUCUAAAUAGAUGUUCUUUAAUAUAAUGUUUCAGUGUUAUUUUAUCUUUUUAACACUGUUACUGAGUCCAUUUGACUUCCAUAUUUUAAUAAGCAAUGAUCCCCUAUUUUCUAAUUGGCAUUAUUCCUUAUGAUUAGGUAGUGUAAUUUCUUAGCUUUGGACAGGUUUCCUAUAUGCCCUAUGGCUUGAAUGUUUAAUGUAUUAAUCAUGGGCAUGCCAGGCACAAGCUGGUCAGAAGAAACUGGCAAUAUCUUUGGGUUUAGCAGUGAAAUUAUAAGUCUGUUUAUGUCUACCUGAGUUGUAUUUUGUUAGAUUGUGUUUUAUCAUUUGUGCUCAUUUAAACAAAACCAGUUGUGUUCUGUUUUUGUUUUUUAAUUUGAUAAAGUGUACAGAGGGACAAUUUGUUCUUAAGCAAUUUUCCCGAAACACAUGUAUGUGAAAUAAAUGAUGCAAAUCA